AUGAGCAAAGGACAAGCAACAGUUAGAACUGGACAUGGGGGGUUUUGCUAUGGGGCAGGGCUGUUCACCCGUUUUCUUAGGCUUGUGGGUGCUUUGCUGCUCCUGGCUCUGGCCCUUUUGUUGGGCUGUUUACAGUUGGGCUGGCGGUUUCUGGUAGGAUUGAGUGACCGGCUAGGCUGGAGGGGUAAAGCCACCUGGCUCUUCUCUUGGCUGGCUUCUCCCACCUGGCAGCGUUGCCUGAUUCUGCUGAGAGAGAGCAGGCCCUGGCAGCAGCUGGUAAGAAUAGUUCAGUUGGGUUGGCUGGAGUUACCUUGGGUCAAACAGAGGACCAAUAGGCAGGGGAAUGCACCUGUAGCUGGUGGUCGUUACUGCCAGCCUGAAGAGGAAGUGGCUCGACUCUUGACCAUGGCUGGGGUUCCUGAGGAUGAGCUAAACCCUUUUCACGUGUUGGGGGUUGAAACCACAGCAUCAGAUGUUGAACUGAAGAAGGCCUAUAGGCAGCUGGCAGUGAUGGUUCAUCCUGACAAAAACCAUCAUCCUCGGGCUGAGGAGGCCUUCAAGGUUUUGCGGGCAGCUUGGGACAUUGUCAGCAACCCUGAAAGACGGAAGGAAUAUGAGAUGAAACGAAUGGCUGAAAAUGAGCUGAGCCGGUCAGUGAAUGAGUUUCUGUCCAAGCUGCAAGAAGCAAUGAAUACUAUGAAGUGCAGCAGAUGCCAGGGAAAGCAUAGGAGGUUCGAAAUGGACCGGGAACCUAAGAGUGCCAGAUACUGUGCUGAGUGUAAUAGGCUGCAUCCUGCUGAGGAAGGUGACUUUUGGGCAGAGUCAAGCAUGUUGGGCCUCAAAAUCACCUACUUUGCGCUGAUGGAUGGAAAGGUGUAUGAUAUCACAGAGUGGGCUGGAUGCCAGCGUGUGGGAAUCUCCCCAGAUACCCACAGAGUCCCUUAUCACAUCUCAUUUGGUUCACGGAUGCCAGGCACCAGUGGGCGGCAGAGAGCUACUCCAGAUGCCCCUCCUGCUGACCUUCAGGAUUUCUUGAGCCGGAUCUUUCAAGUACCCCCAGGCCAGAUGUCCAACGGGAACUUCUUUGCAGCUCCUCAGCCCAGCCCUGGGGCCACUGCAGCCUCCAAGCCCAACAGCACAGUACCCAAGGGAGACGCCAAACCGAAGCGGCGGAAGAAAGUGAGGAGGCCCUUCCAACGUUGACACCCCUUCUCUUUCCUCCAAUCAAUGUCAGGGAGUCAAAAGGGCUGUGUACAGCACCAGAUGGAAUUUGAUUUGUUUAUUUUUAAAUAUUUAAAAAAGGGAAAAUUUUAAGCUCAAAUUGUUCACUCAGUACUUUUAGGAAGCCCUGGAACCACUCUCCCUCCUCCACCAGCACCCAGGAACUGAAUCUUUUCUUCUGACAAUACCAAAGAAGUAGGGAAUGUCUAGAACAAAGAACCUGGGGCCUGGACCUGGGCUGGACGGUUAUCUCCCAUAGUGUGGGAACUGGGUAUUUCCCUGGGGUCUGUAUGCCUUUAUCUUGUCUUUUGCUUCUUAGAGCAGAUGACACUCCCCUCACCCCCAAACGAGUCUAAUAUUUCUUGACUCAUUUCAGGAGGGAGCCCCCUCCUUUG